AUGUCGUUGCUAGGAAGGUGCGGCUCGUGCUGGGCAUUCGCGGUUGUGGGGUCAGUGGAGUCCGCACAUGCGAUAGCCAAGGGCCAACUAGUGCGCCUAAGCGAUCAGGAGUUGGUCGAUUGUGAUACACAAAGCUACGGCUGUAGUGGUGGAUAUUCAUGGUCUGCAAUGAGUUUUGUGAGAAAUAACGGCUUAGUGAAGGAGGAUGUAUAUCCAUACCUCGGCACCGAUCAGAGCGAUUGUGCUCUAAAUAAGAUCUUAACGGAUCGAAUAUACAUUCAAAACUACCGCAGAUUGCCCGGUAACGAAGAGUUCAUCGCUGAUUGGGUUGCCACCAGAGGACCAGCUGUAUUCGGUAUGGAGGUCACAAAAGCUUUAUUCAGCUAUCGUGGGGGUGUAUUUUCACCAACGAAAGAAGAGUGCACGAAAGGCUCACUCGGUGGCCACGCUCUCAUUUUCGUCGGAUAUGGUACUGACAGCAGCGGGAGAAAGUACUGGCUAGUGAAGAACUCAUGGGGUUCACACUGGGGUCAGAACGGAUACUUCAAAUUGGCUCGUGGUCAGAAUGCUUGCAAUGCUGCGGAUGAGGUUUUCGCGCCGAUCAUCACUUAG